AGAUAGGCACAAUUGUUUAUGUUUGUGUGUACAUUUUUCCAAUUUUUCCGAUUUUUCACCAAAAAAUAUGGUGAAUUUCUUCAAAACUAUAAGAAAUAAUAAAUCGAAUCAAGUGUUUAGCUUAGAUAUUCAACUGGAGGAUGAUCAUUUUACAUUAAAAAUAUUGGAAAAUCAAGAUGCUUGGCUAACUGAUGUGACCAAAGAGGAUUUAAAUAAAAAAGCCGAACCGUUUGAUGUUUCCAAAGAGGAAUACUUUUCGAAAUUGAAAACUUAUUUUUUCGAAACCCCAAAAAACGUCGAAUUCAGAUUCACCGAUGGUGAAUUUUCUUGUUAUAUUAAAACUCAGAGGAGUAAUUUUGUAUACUUCUCAGCUAAACUUCGUAAGGUAAACAUUGAUUUUGUUGAACUACUUGAAAUAUAUUCAUCCGAAGGUGAGCGACUUAGGUUAGAAAAUGAUAAUCUUACCAAGGAAAGAGAUAAGUUAAGAGAAGAUAACAAUAAUUUAGAAAACAAAUUAAAGGAACUGGUAGCCAAAAAAAUACAGGAAGAAGAAGAGCUUUACAGCCAUUUUACACUUGUUUUGAACGAGAAGAAGAGAAAAAUACAGCAUUUGAAUCAAACGUUGCAAGCGUUUAAAGCGGGAAGGCCCACAGUAAAUUCCGAAAGAGUUGUAAAAACCAAAUCGGUUCCAUUAGUUAGAAAUGAUGUGUCUGAAUCUGAGAACUCUGAUUACAAUACAGACGAAGAAAAAACUGUAAAUAAAGUAAAGAGCAAGGAGCCUUUGCCCAGUACAUCCACAGUAACAAAUAGUAACAUGUAUUCUGAUGAUGAUAAUGAUGAUAUUAUUUUACCUAAGCGUACUAAAGUUACUGAUAGCAAACUCAGUCAUACUGGUUAUGAGUUGAACAACAUACCUAGCAUUAACAAAGUUAUUGCGAAGGAAAAAACACCAGAACCAGAACCUGAAGAAAAAAUAUCAGAACCUGCACAAGUGCAGAGCAUGAAUGAUUCACCAACAUUUGAAAUCAGCACUCAAGAAUUGCUGGAUCGUCUUUAAAUUAAUUUAACCUUGUUUUUAUAAUGUAUUACUUCAAGGAACGUACUUGUUAAAUAUAUUUAAUAUUUUAGUUGAU